UUUGAGGGGUUUCUUGUGAAAUCCUGGCAACCCUACUAUGCUCCGUCACAUAACGCGGAAGUUGAUAGAAAUAAGACGAAAACAGGUAGAACGUCUCUUCCUUAACAAAUCGCUUCUUUCUUUCUUUUUAAACAACAAACUUAACCUUUUAAACGAAGAAGGGAUAAUGUGUUAAAUCGCUUUGCGAUAUUUAAACGUCUUUUAAACUCGGCUGAGAAAACUGCCGUUUAAUGAAAGCGAAAGUUAGCUAGCUACAACAUGGCAGAAUACAGUGACGAAGAUAUCACAGACAGGCCAUCUCUUCUAGAGUCAGACUUAACGUGUCCUGUGUGCAAAGACAUUUUUAAGGAGCCCGUGUUGCUCUCGUGUAGCCACAGUUUCUGUCAGGAAUGCCUGGAGGGCAGUUGGAAGAACCAGUCCAAGCGGCAGUGCCCGAUGUGCCGAAAAUGCUGCGACGGAGAGACCCCGAUCCCCAACCGCGCACUAAAAAACACCUGCGUGUCCUAUAAGAAGGAGAGGAACUGGAGAGGACAGGGCAGUGGUAUAGAUGAGGUUAUCUGUGGUUUGCACCAGCGGCCCUUCCAGCUCUUCUGCAUUAAAGACGAGGAACCCGUUUGCGUCGAGUGCGUGACUCUUCAUCCGGGACACGAGCUGGUGCCUAUAGAGCAAGGAGUGCCUUUUUGCAAGGAUGAGCUUAACAUGAAAAUCAAAAUACUGGAAAGUAAGCAGGACUCCUUUAAAAGAAUGAAAAAAAGAUAUAGAGAAACCAUCUCCUUUCUUGAGAACCAGACUAAGGAUGCAGAGAAACAAAUCAAAGAAGAGUUUGAAAGACUCCAUCAGGUCUUACGUGAUGAGGAGUCAUCUAGAAUACAUGCGUUGUAUAGAGAAGAAAAUGAGAAGAAGCUAAUGGUGAAUGAGAAGAUUGAAACCAUCAGUCGUGAUAUCACGGCUCUUGCAGAACUGAUUCAGUCAGUAAAGAGGGAAAUGGGAGCUGAGGAUUUGACUUUCCUUCAGAAUUUCCAGAAGCUAAAAAGACGAACCCAGUGGACUAGUGAGGAACCAAAGAAGGUUCAAGGAGCACUCAUCAACAUGGCCUUGCAUGUAGGUGCUUUGGGUUACAAAGUCUGGGAGCAGAUGCUGACUCAUGUCACAUGUUUGCCUGUAAUCCUGGAUCCCAACACAGUCUCGCCCUGGCUCUCCAUAUCUCCUGAUUUUUCCAGUGUGCAGCAGAGUCUGGAAAGACAGACUUUCCCAGACAACCCUGAGAGGUUUGAUCCCUGUGUUUUUGUCCUUGGCUCAGAGGGUUUCUCCUCAGGGCGCCACCGUUGGGAGGUCCGUGUGGCUGACCACCCCAAAUGGAUCUUAGGAGUAUGCAAGGAGUCAGUGGUUCGGAAGAGAAAGUUCACAGUAACAACAAAAGCUGGAGUGUGGACCAUCGGUCUGAGUAAAGGAGUCUACAGUGCACUGACCACUCCACGCACUGAGCUGACUCUAGAGAGAAGGCCUGAAACUAUCAGGGUAAAGGUCAAUAUGGAGAAGGGAGAGGUGUCCUUCUGGGAUACAGGCAACAACAAGCACCUAUGUACAUACAAUGAUAAGUUCAAUGGAAAGCUGUUCCCCAUCUUUGGCCCAGGCCUCCAGAGCACACCCAUCACUAUCUUGCCUGCUAAAGUGACCAUACACAAACAAUAAGUAAAUAUUCUUUGUAAAUAAUGCUUUAUAUAUAAACCUGGUGAGGCUGAAGAGGCUAAAACAUUCACUAAAGUUGCUACUUAUUUUGAACAGAUUUCAAGGAACAUUUUAGAAUCUGUGCAAAUUUAUUUUUCAACAGCAUUUUUGGCAUAAUUCUCCAUGUCUCUCUUUUUAAAAAAAAAAACUGAAUUACAGUUAGAAAUUUACAAUGGAAAGUGAAUGUGGCCAAUUCUUAAACAUUAAAAUUCUCAAUCUUUUGAUGGUAUAGCCACAGGACAUAAGCAGUGUACAUUAUUAACAUGAUUUUAGUGUGGAAAAAAAUUACUUGUUAUCCUAUUAAUGUGUAAGGCAAUAUCCAGUUUUACAAUCUCAUAAUCAUGACACAAUAAUGCUAUGCAAUAUGCAACCCUUAAAUGACUGUAAAAUCAUGAUUUAAGCAAUGUUACAGAUCAAGUAAUAGUUUUAAAAGAAGAAUGAAUGUAUGCACUUUUCUACUUUUAAAUCCUCCAAAAACAGGACCCGUUCACUUUCAUUUCAAUUGCAGGAACACAAAUGAGGGACAAAUUGAAAUUACUUUUCAAACGUUAUGCCACAAAUGCUGUUGAUUGUGUAUAACUUACACUGAACACCAAAAAUUCCAGAAAAUGGGAAAGACGGCAUUUGCUGAUAUAUUAUACUAAAACAUAUGUCAUGAUUUAUGUUUGUUUGUUUGUUUUUGUGUGUUUGUGAUUUAAUUUUUCCAUCCUCCACAGUGGGAAUGACAUCUUUAUUGUUGCUGACACACUAUUGAUCAUUCGGCAGAAAAUGUCUUUUAUACUGUAUCCGUCAAUCUUACACUUAAUCCUAAUAUUGUUCAAUGAUAGCUGUAAACAUGAAUUAAACAAGAACAACUCAAUUUCAACCAUUAUUUAUUAUUUUGGAAAUCGUUAAAGAUGACUGAUUUCCGUUUUCAUUUGCCAUCUAUUCGUGCCAGGUUUUUUAUUUACAAUAAUACAGUACAGCUUUUGCUAUCAGCAACAGUUAAAUAACCUAGAUUUAAUGAAACCAUAACAAUAAAUGAUCUCACUUAUCAGA